AUGACCGUCUCCUACACUCUUGAGGUGGCGAAUGCCAAGUUUGGGGGCUUCUCCAAGCUGCUGUUCAGGUGGAAGGGAAGCAUCUACAAGCUGCUGUACAAGGAGUUCCUGCUCUUCAGUGGGCUGUACUGCAUCUUCAGUGUUAUGUACAGAUUCUUUCUGACCCCAAAGCAGCAGGAAUUGUUUGAGCUGACAGCCAUUUACUGCGACCAGGUCAAUAAUCUUAUCCCCAUGUCAUUUGUAUUAGGAUUCUACGUGUCCCUGGCCUUUAACCGUUGGUGGGGUCAGUACACCAGCUUCCCGUUGCCGGACAACCUCAUGAUGGCGGUGUCGGGGAACGUCCACGGGACGGACGAACGGGGGCGCUUGCUGCGACGUACGCUGAUGAGAUACGCCAACCUGUCCUCGGUCCUCAUCCUCCGCUCCAUCAGCACGCGCGUGCGCAGACGCUUCCAGAGCCUGGACGACGUCGUGGAAGCGGGCUUUAUGACGCGAGAAGAGAAGAAGAAACUGGAUAACUUGUAUUCUGACUUCAACAAGUACUGGAUGCCGCUGACGUGGUUUUCCAACCUGGCAGCCCAGGCACGCAAGGAGAGGAGAGUGAGGGACGACAUCGCCCUGAGACUGCUCAUGGACGAACUGAAUAACUACCGAGGCAAAUGCAGUAUGCUCUUCCAUUACGACUGGAUCAGCAUCCCGCUCGUGUAUACGCAGGUGGUCACGCUGGCCGUGUACUCAUUCUUCACCUCGUGCCUGAUUGGACGGCAGUUCCUGAACCCCGCUAAAGGAUACAAGGGUCACAGCCUGGACAUGUACAUCCCUGUGUUCACUCUGCUGCAGUUCUUCUUCUAUUUCGGCUGGCUCAAGGUCGGAGAACUGAUCAUCAAUCCUUUUGGAGAGGAUGACGAUGAUUUUGAAACAAACCAGCUGAUUGACCGAAACUUCCAGGUGUCCAUGCUGGCUGUUGAUGACAUGUACCAGAACCUUCCACCCAGUGAGAAGGACAAGUACUGGACGGAGGAAGGCUUCACAAUCCCUUAUAGCCUGGCCACAGCCACCGAGACCCUAAAGCCUUUCAUGGGGUCCACCUACGACAUGAGGUGCAGCCAAUGCCUUUUGCCUCUUACACGCUUUCUCACAUCAAUCACGAGAUACUCGGGGAGUGAGGUCUCCUUGCAGCUACGGACCAUAGAGACACCCGUGACCCCAGUGACCCCGACGCCAAAGGACCAAACAGAGCUCCACUUCCCCGUCCCCACCUUCCCAGCAACCGGGCACCAGAACAACAUCCCAGGAAGCCAGGGGCUACAGCUGCUGCGGCUCCGCGCAGAGAGCAGCACUCCCGAACGGGAAAAGUCAGAAUCUAUAAACGAGGAAGACGCGAAGAUGUUAAGCUGA